AUGAGCCAGAUUUUUCGGAAAUUCAUUUGGCAUCUUAUACUGAGGAUAAGAGUAUGCAAUCAUUUCUGGGAUGGGCUGAUCGGAUACUCGGGCUUUCAUCUCGUAGACCAAAAAUAUCACACGGAAAUUGACGAAGACAAGAAACUUCACAAAGUUUCAUUUGACUACCAUGAGUUCAGCGUUAUAAAGGAUCAUUUUCCUGCCCAAGCAAUCCAGAUGACCAAGAAGCCACCAGAAUGGAGGACUGAGGCUGAUAUGCGAUAUUUAAGAAACCGCCUGCUGGCUCUGGAAAGUUUCCAUACGUACAGUCUUACACUUCAGUAUCUUCUGGCCAAAGUGAUUCGCUUUGAACGAUUUGGACGCAGGAGAGUGAUUAUCAAAAAGGGACAUAUUGGUAGCAGUUUCUACUUCAUCUUUGCUGGUAUGGUUGCUAUCACUGACGACGAGGACGGGAGCAGUGCGUUUGUAGAAGCAUCCCCGACUGUUCUUCGGAAAGGUGAUUCGUUUGGCGAAGUGGCCCUUAUAAAAGAUGAAAAGAGAAUUGCCACUAUAGUCUGCAUGGAAGAAACGGAACUGUUGGUUGUGGAUAAAAAAGACUUUUUUGGUUAUCAAUUGGACCAGGAACUUCACCGAGAAUUCAUGGCUCGAUAUAACUACUUGAGAAAGGUCGACAUCUUUGAAACUCUGUCUGAUUCUUCGAUAGAGAAAAUAGCCCAUUUCUGCAGAAUAGAGAAAUUCCACUUUGGGCAGGUGAUAACCGGCGAUAUUGCAGAAUCCACCAACAUCACUUUUAUUGUAAAGGGGGCCUGUGAUGUUUUACGGCAGAUCGAUCUCAGCAGCUGCCCAUCCUAUCACGACUGGCUCGUGAAACAACUGCGAUUUCGUAAGAGCAAACAACAGAAUAAGAGGGGGAAACCUAUGGAUUAUGUUUCAGAUAUUGCUUGUGUGGACAGAUUCAAAAGCACCAGGUGGAACUCCUUCUCCGGACACGAACUGAGCCAUCUGAAAGCCCGCUAUGCUCGCCAGCUGUCACGGCAAGACAUUGCAAAACAAAGUUCUACGCUCACCAGGCCCCACAAAAGUCUUGUGAUAAAAGUGGAGACAGUUGACCAAAACAGAUCGUUCUUGGGGCAGAUAGAUGAUGACAGAGAAGUUGUACAAAAGGUCAUAUCGGGCGAUCUGGGGCCGAAACCAUCACACUGUACCCCCUACGGAGAGAUACCGGCUUCUACUGCUGCAGCUGUGUAUAUCAGAGUGGAUGAGUUGUAUAAAGGGGAUUAUCUAGUAAACCUGCAAGAUAACCGUGCCAUGAUCAUGGUCAGCAAAGGGGUGGAUAUCAUCCGUUUGAAAAAAGACAAGCUUGAAGAAUGUGCGGAUGGAGCCACAGUUUUGAAAUUGGGCAAAAUAAAGAUCAAGUAUCCCAGUGAUGAUGAGCUGUGUCAGAUCUUCCUUCGCCAGAACUCCUGGGAACUCUUUAAGAAAGACAUGUUGAACUUUGUGUUGAAGCCCAAGUUCAUGAGGCUGGUCACGCCUCCAGAAACCUGCCCUGCGGAGGAAAUUGCUGGAUCAUGGUAUAUGAAUGAAAAAGGUAUCUUGGACUUGACCCCCUUGCAGAACCAUCAGAACCUUCCACCAGAAACAUACAGAUAUGUUCCUUGCCCCCCCAAAUGCAUUCAAAAUGCCGAGUUCUUACCGGAGAUCCAGCCAAGACUGAUCCAUGGCAUUAACGUUGUACGUCCCACUUUGUAUGGGGUGUUUUAG